CUUUGUUUCUCUCUUUUGUGCCGACAUUCUACGUACAUAUAGGCGGCACAACACCAAAAAGUUUUAGCUCGUUGGCAAAACAAGUGAAAAUUAAACAAAUAAUUCAGUUUGGAGGGCAACAGAUACGAUCAAGCAACCACGAGGAGAAAAAACAUUUCACACUAAAAUCGAAAAAAAGAACUUACGAAUCACUCAGAAUGAAUAUUUUUCGAUUUGCUGGAGACUUGUCGCAUGUAUUUGCUAUUAUAAUUCUUUUGCUUAAAAUAUGGAAAACAAGAUCAUGUGCCGGUAUUUCUGGAAAAUCGCAAAUACUAUUCGCCGUCGUCUAUCUGACACGUUAUCUGGACCUCUUCACCACAUACGUCAGCCUCUACAAUUCGGUGAUGAAGGUGCUCUUCCUAGCCACAUCGGGCGCCACGGUUUACUUGAUGUAUGUGAAGUUUAAAGCCACCUACGAUCACAAUCAUGAUUCGUUCCGCAUUGAAUUUUUGCUUAUACCAUGCGCUCUACUCUCAUUGGUAAUAAAUCAUGAUUUUACCGUGAUGGAGGUGCUCUGGACAUUCUCGAUCUAUUUGGAAUCGGUCGCUAUAUUGCCGCAGCUGUUCCUGGUGAGCAAGACUGGAGAAGCUGAAUCGAUUACCAGCCAUUAUCUGUUUGCCCUCGGCUCGUACCGUGCUCUAUAUCUGCUUAAUUGGGUCUAUCGCUACAUGGUGGAGUCGCAUUAUGAUCUGAUUGCGAUCUUUGCGGGCGUCGUCCAAACUAUUCUCUACUGCGAUUUCUUCUAUCUGUAUAUUACCAAAGUGCUCAAAGGCAAGAAGCUGCAACUGCCAGCAUAAGCAGCGUCAGUAUCAUCUAAUAAUUCCAUGCGUGCGUGUGUGUGGCGGUGCCGUCGCUUCAGAUGAAUGGAUGAGGAGGAGGUCGAUAGGAAAGGAAGAACAGUUUGGAAGAAGCGGCCCGCGUUAAUAAUAGUUCUUUAUCGCAUAACAAAAACAAAAAACAAGAAAAAAUAACUUUAAAAUGAUAUUGUAUAUCGAACGGGAGCAUUUUGUUUGUGUUGCAUUAAUUUAGAACGAGAGAACAUAAGAAAUUCAAAUGUGUGACACAAUUAAUUUAUGCAUAUACCAACUCAAUGCAAAUUAUUAAAGUAUACAAGUAAUGUACAAAAUCUUAUCAUUAUGAUUUCCAUCUGCAAUCAAAAAUCAUUCAACAACCGUAAUUUUGCUUAAUAAUGUAUGUACAAUUGUGUACAUAUGCAUGUAUGUAAGCUCCUAUUGUAUCUUAUCUUGUAGCUCGUCUAUAUUCCUACAACCAAAAUCAAAAUGUUUACUAAUUAUAAUUUAAUUUAAAAAUAAUAAAUCCACCAGUCCUAUCAGCGUUUCUGGUCAAUUUCGGUACUA